GUUGUUAUCUACGCUUUUCUCCCUCCUCUUUCGCUUUGCAGUGCAGCGCCGAAGCUGCCACAUUCUGUUCAGCCUUGUUUCAUCCAUCACUUUCUUGAGAUCAUGUCCAUAACAUUCCAGGACCUCCCAAACGAGUUAUUGGGAUAUUGUUUCUCUUACCUUGCCAAAUACUCGGCACACAAGGAUAUCCAAAGUGUACGUCUUGUAUCUAAACGAUUUCAUGACGUUAGCUCUUCCUUCUUGCUCACCCAAGUGGAGCUUCGACUCACCAAGCAAUCAUUUCAAGAGCUUGAAUCUAUUGCUUCACAUGCCAUAUUUUCGAAAACUGUUAGAAGACUUUUGUUCAAUGUGAGCUACUAUGAUGGGAUGCUAGCAGAUAGCUUCCAGGAUUUUGCUGAACACAACGGCACGGAGCUCGAAAUCUUGCUUGAGGAUCUCGAACGUGGAGGCUUUUCUGAACAGCUGGACACUGUCCAGACAGUAUGUGAUGAAUGGUUAGAAGCGACAAAUGAAGAUUACAAUCACGAAAAAGCAACCAGAUAUCAGCAGAUAUUGGCCAAGGCGCACACCGAGUACACAGAAUUAUACAAAAGCCAACAGAAUCUUCUUGAUGGCGCAAAUUGGCUCUCGGCACUUGUUCCGGCUCUCAAAAAGCUAUCUGCCCUAAAAAUCAUUGUUAUGAAGGAUAGUACCGAAAGGCUGGCUAUGCCUGGUCGUUGGUGGAAAGCGUUGGCGACAGAUGAAGGCCUCACCAGUCGAUGCCUGGCGACUAGUGAGUGGAAGGGCUCCUUCCAUACGGCCAUUAGUACCCAGCCACCCGUGCAUAUCAUUCCUGAUCUUUUCAUGGCUCUAGAAAAGACUACGAUCCGUCCAUAUCACUUCGAGAUCAACGUCACCGUACCUUCCGAUCUCCGCUCUCUGCGAAUGUCUACGGAACAACUUCAAGCAAUCAGUACAACCUUGAGUGCUUCCAAGAAACUUUACUUCUCUGCAAGGGAAUGGGCACGAAGAGGAAGCUUGGCUGAGAACAAUGAUCGGCCGCGGGACGAGAUGGCAGUUCUUGCUGCUUUAACUAAUUCAUUUUACCACAAUCCCCAGAUCACCGAGUUACAUCUUAGUCUUGACAACUACCCAUGCUUUCUCGAGAUUCCGACUCUCUCUCUCGUCGAUCUUCUCCCAUCUCCUGUACCAUUCUCUCCAAAGCUACGGAGAAUGUACCUUCGCAACGUGCCGAUGACGAUUGCAGAACUAGAGGUCCUUGUCGAGCAUCUACGCCCUACUUUGGUCUGGCUAGUAUUCUACUCUCCAUACCUACACGCUCCAAAUGAUGAGAGCUGGGAGCAGGCGCUGAAUGUUUUGAGAAAGUUCGAAGCUCUAGAACAUUUCGAACUUAAGGUUCCCGCAGGUGGAGGGUUAGGGGAUGGAUUGCCGGAUGAGGAGCUGUGCAGGAAGUUUGUAAUGCGUGAAAGCAACGAGAACCCACUUGUCGGGUGGGGUCUUCAACGAGGGUGAGAAGGUGGGCGAAGCGAUCUCAAGUUUCGGGAGAACAUAUAUUUGGGCGUUUCUUGUAGGCUAAAUUGGGCUUCUUUCAACAGAAUAGCCUUCCUAUCUAACCCUUAUCUUGGUAUGGUACUGUUCUUGCCACGUAUAAUUUAUGCAAAGUAAGGUUAGCUGUAGAAGAUC